AUGAAGAAUGGCGAGAAAAUUCUGGAAAUUUCCAGAAAAGAACUAUGGAAAGACGGUGUACUGGACGACGAUUUCGAUAUCGAACUUAUCAACCAGAAAGGAUGCAGUGAAUCGUUCGAAGGUGUAGCCGUCGGUGCUGAUAUGUACCAUGUCCAGAAAGUUCGGGCCUUCAUAGGGCCUUACUGUAAUGCAGAAUUGGAUGCUGUAGCGAAAAUGGCCACUUUUUGGAACAUUCCUAUUGUUGGUUAUAUGGCUUCGUCAAAUGCGUUCGCUGAUAAAUCCAUCUACAAGACAUUGGCUCGAGUGUCAUUGAGAACGACAAAUUCAUUGGCUGAAGCAGUGGCGGCUAUUCUGAAUCACUACCGUUGGACCAGGGUUGGAAUUGCAACAAACACUGGCUCAUUGGCAUAUGAACGAUUUACAGCCUUCGAAGAAGUAUUUCAUCUGAGAAAAAUUCAAAUAACUAAAAAGGUGAUGUUUGAUGAGAACGCCGAUGCUAAAGCAAUGGAACAAAGUGGUUUUCUCGAUGAUCUAUCCAACAAUGCUAGAGUGAUCAUCUGCAUAUUUUCGUCGACACGCGAGAUGUCAAAGGAAUUCAUGAAAGCUGCCUACAACAGUAAAAUGAAUACCCAUGACUAUGUCUACAUACUUCCAUGGUUACAGGCUGAAAGUAAAGACACCGCACCAUGGAUUGGUGAGGACGGGCAGAUUCAGCAAAAUAUCAAGGAUCACUUUGCAAACUCACUCAUCAUUGACGACGUGAACGGAUUCGAUGACGUCCUGAUUACGCCGUUCCGAGAACGUGUGGAAGCGAACGGAAUGACUACCGAUGAUUUGGAUUUGAGCAACGUCUAUGGUUAUAUUCAUUUAUACGAUGCAUUGCGACUAUAUGCGACUGCAGUUCGCACAGCAAUGAAUCUGACUGGAAAUCCAAAUAUCUACCAGGAUGGCCGAUUCAUAUGGAAUCAGAUGCGACGUUUAACAUUCCCAGGUCUCGUCUCAGCUGCCGGUGUAAGUUCCGGGACCGUUAUGAUGGACGACAUUGCUGAACGUGCGCCAGUUUACGCAGCAUUUCACGUGGCAGCUAAUGUCGAUUUGGUGAGGAAGGUGAACGAAAUUGAACCCAAAUUGGUCGACAAUUGUGAUGGCCUAAAAACAAGGACUGGCUGCUUUGAUUUGCAAAUCACGGACAUUAUGACGGGAUUCUGGCCAUCACCGGACGGUGCAAUGCCAAAGGAAGAACCCGAUUGUGGAUUCCGUAACGAACGCUGUGACUAUACUAUGAUCAUUAUCGGUGCCAGCUUACUGGUCGUGCUGAUAGGUGGCAUCGUCAUCGCUCUCGUCAUUGUCCGAGUCUGUGAGAACCGUGCGUUGGCUAGAACACCGUGGAGGAUUUAUCGUGAUGAUUUCAGAACGAUUAACGAAGAUGAAGUUAAAUCCAUGUUAUCGAUUGGUUCAACGACGACAAAGCUGUCAAAUUCAACGUCGUUUGCAAAACAUCAUGCCGUAGUUGGCACGAACACCCAUGCCUCAUUCCAUGUUUACCCACAACGACGUCCAAUCGUUUUCAAAAGAGAAGACAUGCAGUUGUUGACAUUGAUGAAACAAUCAAUUCAUGACAAUCUGAAUCCUUUUCUUGGCAUGUCAUUCAAUGAAAAAGAUGAAAUGGUCUUACUGUGGAAGUUCUGCUCUCGUGGUACGGUGCAGGUACAGUCUGUUGAUUUCUCGUUUUUCGCUUUUGACAUUAUCUACAACAAGGACAUGGUCCUGGAUGCAAAAUUCCAUGGUGCUUUCGUCAGAGACAUCACAUUGGGUUUGGAAUAUCUGCACUCGUCUCCGAUUGGCUUCCACGGUUCUCUUACACCAUGGGCAUGCCUCAUUGAUCGAAACUGGAUGAUAAAACUGACAGAUUUCGGAAGCGAAAUACCUGCUAAAAUCCGAUUUUCGUCAAACGGAAAUUUUGGGAAAUGCAUACCAGAUGUGAGCGCUGGAUAA